CCCCAAAGGUGAUAGCUAAGCGGCUUAGAGCUGCUAGCAGUCAUCUGAAGGUACGACGUUCGAAUCCCGGUGGGGUCUGCAGCCAGUAGAUUUCACCGCUUCGAGCGUUCGAAUCCCGGCUGAGGUCUGCAACCAGCAGAUUUCAACGGCUUCGUGUCGUAAAUUCAGAUGCACUGUGGCAAACAAACGUGCCUGACUACAGAUUGGACCGUCGGAAACCCCGCCUCCAUGAUGACAUCCUUUAACGGCCUUGGCAUCCACACACCCCUCUCUCUUUUGUUGUGUUGCCUCAUGCUUGGCUCGCGGGUUGCCGAUCGCCGAGCUCAAAGAGAGUAGGUUAAAGUGGGGUUGAUUGAUUACGUUUCAGGGAUAGCGUGGGGCAGGCCGUCCCGUGGGGGUUGGACAGCCGCCUUUCGGCUUAACACUCUGUCUCCAUCUCACAAAUGCGCGUCUUCCUCUUCCGCAAGCCAGCCCUGGGAGACACGUACAUGCCGGCCUUCGCGGCCGCGGGCUACGAAGUAACAUCUCUUCCCGCACUGGAGGACACGCUCCUUCCCGACGCAUUAGAGCCGGUGCUAGCGCGCGGCGGCGGCGCCUGGGAGGCGGUAAUUAUUACAUCGCGCCGCGCAGCCGAAGCCUGGAUCCGCGCGGCCGAUGCCGUCGCCGCGAGCGUAGGCGCGCUAGAUGAACCAUGGUCCGCCGUGCCCGUCUGGUCGCCCGGCCCCGCCGUGCACAGCGUGUUCGCGCACGCCUCCCUUCCCCCCGCCUUCGUCCCGUCGCCCGCGCCGACGGCCGUGAGCGCCGCCGCGCUCGCGCCGCUUAUCCUCGCAGCGCCGCCACGCUCCUCGCGCUCGGGGGACGCGGUGGGCGCGGGGUAUAGACCAUACCUCGUGCUGGCGGGCGACAAGACGCUGCCGCUCCUCACGGACAGCCUGCGCGGGGCGGGGCGCGCCGUCGAGCGCGUCAAGGUGUACGAGACACGCGAGGCGCCCGGCCUCGCCGCAGCUGUGCGCGCCCUACCGCCGCAGCCGGGGUGGGUUGCCCUCUUUUCGCCGUCGUCUGCCGGAUUCGUGCUGCCCCACCUUGAGGCGGCGGGGUUCAGGCUGCGCGAGGGAGUGGAGGGGAGAACCCGCGUUGCAGCGAUUGGAGAGACGACCGAGGCAGCGUUACGCGAAGGCGGGUGGAGAGUUGAUGCGGUUGCAAGGACGCCGGAUGCGGCGGGGCUCGUGGCUGCUAUCGCCGAGGCUGAGGGAAGGCAGGCGGACUCAAACUUGUAAAAGAGGCCAGAUUGUAGAUGUUGUUCACCAUCACCGUAAUGCCACUGGCGACGACACAUCUAAG